AUGCUCACCGGCCGGCCCUGCGGCGUCCACGGGCUGCCCAGGCCCGGGCCCGUGGACGACUCCGCGGCGGAGCGGGAGGCGCUGGCCGCCGUGGCGCGGAUGGGCUUCGUAGGCCUCACCGAGGAGUGGCCGACGUCCGUCUGCCUCUUCCACGCGCGCUUCGGGGGCGAGUGCUUCCAGGCCUCUUUCAAGAACGUGCGGCCCGGGAAGGCAAACCACAGGUACGACACGUUCGUGGGCUACAUCACCUGGAGCAUGGGCAUCGACGAUGUGCUCUACGGCGCCGCCCGCGAGCGGUUCUGGAAGGACGUGGCGGCGCACGGGGUGACCCCGGAGCGGUGCCGCACCGAGAUCUGCCCCGCCGCCGCGGAGUUCUUCGAGGAGGCGUCGUCCAGGCUCUGCAAGGGCCUCCACGCCAAGACGUCGGGGCGACUGUUCACGCAGACGGCGCAGGCCGCCUGUCGGCGGUUCGCUGGCUGUGGAUGUCGAAACCUCGCCGUGCACUCCCAGAUGCGGCGCGCUCCGGAGAGGCGCCCCCCCCCCCCCCGCGCGCGCGCACCGAUGGCGUGGGCCGCGGCGCGGCUCUCCGACCGCGGCAUCCUGCGUGUGGCGGGCGCGGGCAGCGGCAAGUUCCUGCAGGGGCUGUGCACCCAGGACGUCGGCGCCCUGGGCGCCCAGCGUGCCGUGCCUGCGGCCUUUCUGUCGCCCAAGGGCAAGGUGCUGUGUGACACCAUCCUGGUCGCGAACGGAGCGGACGAUAUCCUGAUCGACUGCCACGCCGACGCGGCGCGGUCCCUCCUCCGACUGCUGAAGAAGCACCGCCUGCGCGAGAAGUUCCAGAUCGAGGACGUCUCCGGCGAAGUCGCGGCCGUGGCGCUCCUGCCCGAGGAGGCCGCGGGGCAGGGGGCCGCGGCGCCCACGGAGGCCGCGGUCGCGGAGUCCUUCGCGGACCCGCGCUUCGCGGCCCUCGGGCGGCGCGCGGUGCUGCCGUCCGAGGCGGCGGGGCCGCCGGCCGAGGGGGCCGACGCGGCGAGCGCGCUCGCGGCGUACCACCGCUGGCGGGUCUGCUGCGCCGUGCCGGAGGGGCCGCGGGACCUGCCCGUCGACGCCGUGAUGCCGCUGCACGGCAACCUGGACCUGCUGAACUUCAUCUCCUUCCGCAAGGGCUGCUACGUCGGGCAGGAGCUGACCACGCGGACCAAGCACCGGGGCGCAGUGCGGCGCCGCUUCUUCAGCGUCGUCUCCGCCGAGGGGUGCCCGGCCGCGUUCCUCGAGGGACUGGCGCUGGAGCCGGCGGCGCCGCUGCCCGUGCGGGCCGCGCUGGGGGCGCGCGGGCGCGCGCUGCCGGGCGAGGAGGGGCCCGCCGAGGCGCGCGCGGUGCACGCGCGGAUGCAGGACGCGGAGAGCUCCAAGGUGGUGGGCGAGCUGCACAGCGUGGCCGGCACGGCAGGGCUGUGCGCCUUGCGGUGCGACAGGCAGCUCAACAGCGCCACGGACUUCCUCGGGGGCUCCCCGCUGGCCGAGGGCACCGAGCUCAGCGCCGGGGAGGGCAUCGCGCUGGGCCUGCGGGCCCCGCCGUACGCGUUUAUUGCAGAGGCGUGUCCGCGAGGCGGCACGGGCGGCCGCAGCGUGGCGGCGCGAGCCCAGAACACCAGCGCCCCGGAGUGCAGGCUCGCUCUCGGCGAUAUGGUGGCGGUCGCCUUCGGCGACGCCCCCGCCGGCCUGGGCGCCCUGCAGCCCGGCCCGCGGGCGGCCGAGUCGCCGGCCCUGACGCCGUCGGCCAGCGCAGCAGGGUUGGGCGGCAAGCAACGGCGGACUUUCUUCGGCUACGCCGAGAACCAGGGCGACGACGAGCCGGACGCGGGCGCCCCCGCCCACGGCAGCGUCAUGGUGCUGCAGGGCGACGGGGACCUGGAGCACCUGCUGUCCAAGCUGCCUGCCGAGUGGGUCGUCGUCGAGUUCUCCGCGGAGCGGUCGCCGGCGUGCCUGGCCAUGAAGCCUGCCUUCGAGAGCCUCGCGAAGGAGCGACCUCAGCUGGCCUUUGCGCGCGUCGACGUGGGCCGCAUGCCCAAGACCGCGCUCGCCCACGCUGCCACGAGGGUGCCCUCCUACCUCUUCCUCUGGGACGGCGUCCCCGAGGCCGACUUCGCCGGGGCCUCGGAGCGGCGGCUGAGGGACACGAUGGAGGACUGCCUGAAGCUGGGGCCCACGGCCUGGAAAGAGUGCGAGGUCUGCGGCAAGCUCAUGCACGCGGUGAGGCUCCUGCCGCACCAGAACCCCGUGACAGGCGACUGCCGCCGCCUCUGCCCCAACGAGGGCUGCUCCGGCCUCUUCUCCCCCGAGGAGCUGGAGGAGCACAGGGCCAGCUGCGAGCACAUGGUGAUCCAGUGCGCGUUCAAGGGGUGUUUCUUCUGCGGGAAGACCCUGGAUAUGAAGGCGCACGCGCAGUGCUGCGAGCACCGGCUGGUCGAGUGCACGCUUUGCGGGGCGCAGCUGAAGGCCUCGGAGCUCGAGGGCCACAUGCGGAGCUGCCCGGGCGCGCCCCCCGGCGGAGCGAGCGGCGCUCGGGGGGCGGAGUCGCCAGACCCGCGCGAGGCGGCGCGGUCGCAGGGCGGCACAGGUGAUGCUGAGCAAGGGGGACCGCCAGGCCAGCCACGCGAGUGUCCGCCCGAUGGUGCAGACACUUCCGAGCAGCUGGAGUCUCCGGCGUUCGCGUUCUGA